UGUAAAUCAGAUAUAUUCGAGGCAUUCUCUCAUUGUGAUAAAGAUUGAAAGAUUAUUCAAUGGCGUUGACGAUGUCUUCACAAGAUGUUAUAGCCGGCCUCAAUGAAGUGGACGGAAGACCGAAUUUAGAUAAAUGAUGGAGCAAAUACACCGUGAUGCCCUCAGAAGCCAUCGYCGGGCUUUAGUCCAGGACUUAGAGGCGUCUAAAAUAGCAUCAAACUUGUAUGGUACCGGGAUUUUUGAUGAGUUUGAUAAGGAGUCGGUGAAGAAUGCUGGUACUAAUUCAGAGAGAGCUGAAAAAUUGCUGGAUAUUUUGCCCAGAAAAGGUCCCAAMGCCUUUAAUGCUUUUUGUGACGCUCUAAAGGAUAUUUCACCACAUCUAGAGCAGCUAAUAAACCCAGCUACGAACGAAGGUAAUGAAAAAGAGACUGAUGAUAGAGUUACACGCAGCUCGGUACAUCCCCGGUCUGUAGCGUCAGUCACCACUAGCAGUGGUGCUAUCGGAGGAAAAACUCCUAUMACAGCAACUGAAGAUGGACCAACAGAAGGUGACAAUCCAGAUGGUGGACUGAACAUUUUUGGUAGUGGGUCCAGUCGGUCAAGACCGUCUGAAUCCAUYGACAUGAGAAGCAUGUACAAGAUGGACAAAAACCCGAGAGGCAUGGCCAUUAUCAUCAGYAACAAGACCUUCUUGCCRGCAUCUGGCAUGCACAGGUACCCGCGUAACGGCACAGAYGUAGAUCGUGAUGCCUUAGAGAAGGCCUUCAAAAAUCUGAUGUUUAAUACUCUUGUUUAUAAUGACCAAACUGUCCCUGAAACGCAGAAGAUUUUCAARGGGUUAGCUACUAAAGACUACAGUAAUGAGAAUGCUUUGGUUGUGUGUAUACUGACUCAUGGUGAAGAAGGAAUCUUGUAUGCUACUGAUGGUACGAUAAUGAUCAGAGAGAUGAUGGGAUGGUUUAAAGGAUCAAACCUUGUCGGUAAACCAAAAAUCUUCAUAUUUCAAGCCUGCCAAGGUCAUGAAUACAUGGAUGGUAAAGAUGCCACAGAUGCCCCGCCCCCAGACAAGCGCGUCCAGAUACCUGUGGAAGCAGACUUCUUGUAUGCUUACUCUACUGUUCCUGGCUACUAUUCCUGGCGAAACUCUGUCAAUGGAUCCUGGUUCAUCCAGUCGUUCGUCGAGGUCRUAAACAAGUACGCCAAAACAACAGAUCUGCUUACAAUGAUGACUAGGGUGAAUGCUCUUGUCUCGACAUAUCAGUCAAGAACCAACGACCCUUACUCUGACCGCAAGAAGCAGAUUCCAAGUAUCGUUUCAAUGCUUAGGAAAGAUUUUUACUUUUUUCCUGACAAUCUCAUUGAUAGUUAGGCAAUAUUUUGAUAUUUUACUUGUAAUUGUUGACUUGAUAAAUAAUGAAUGCUUAAUUUAGCUGAUAAAAUUCCGGGGGGGGAGGGGUACUCCCCUAUUUUCACUAUACGGGUACAUGCCGCCAAACAGGGUAUGGUUUUCAGCGAUUCUACUCUAG